CUCAAUGCUCCAGAGCUGGUGAGCAAGAUUCUGGCCGGAGUUGGCUGGAGCUGUUGCCAUGACAAGCAUUUUCUUAGGAGAGCUCUGCUGUUGAGACCGUCCAAAGCUGGGGGUUGAGGGGGAAAGCACGAACUUCCUGGGGAACCAUCCCUCUGAGGAGAGCAAGGCCAGAGACACCGGUCCAGCACCCAUUUUCUUCCCGGAACCUGAGCGGUCCUUCCCUUGGCCGGGGGAGGAGACCCAGCCCACUCCCCGGCGGUAGCUGGAAAGGCGAGAGAGCAAAGCCAGCAUCAAUAACGUGGUUGCCACACUGGGGAGACCAGUGGGUGGUCACCCCCAUCCUACCCCGUCCAUGGAAACCCGGAGGGAGAGUCCCGCUUGAAGAAGCCUGGAUCUUUGCUAGAAAGAGAGAGAUCCAGUUGUCAGCAGUAUCCAGGGAGCCCUCCUCUUCCUCCUCCUCCUGCCGCCUCUCUACCACUGCCGUUGCUGGUUGUUGCUAAGGUGGCCUCCAUGGUAACAUGCACAUCCUGUUUAUACCUCCAUCUGGGCAAGUUGGUCUAAGCUAGGAACCUACCUACCCUGGACAAGUGCUUCCGUCACUCCCUGGGGACACCAAUCAUCGUGACACGUGGUCCGGCUUCCACUCGGUUCCCCCAUCCUCUUCCUCCUCUCGCUGCCAAGCUUCACACACAAAAAAGGAUCUGGGCUAGAGGCUGCUCUGGUCCCAUCUAUUUCCUCACUGGGCUCCCCGAGAAGCAAGAAGUAAGAAGAAGUGAGGCAGAAAGGCGGAAGUUCCCGAGCAGUUGAAGGGAAACUCCUCGUUUUCUCUGGUCGAGGGGCUUGGUAACAGCAGGCAAAAUGACGAACCCAACAGAACAUGCCUUGCCGGCCAACUCGAUGGUUGAGAGCCACGAAGGGGACUUUGGCUGCACAGUAAUGGAACUGAGGAAGCUCAUGGAGCUGCGUUCCUCUGAUGGAAUCGACCAGAUCAAUGUCCACUACGGGGGGGUGAUGAAUCUGUGCAGUAGACUGAAAACCAACCCCGUGGAAGGUCUAUCUGGGAACCCUACGGAUCUGGAAAAACGUAAGCAAGUGUUUGGACAGAAUUUCAUCCCCCCCAAAAAGGCCAAGACCUUCUUAGAACUGGUGUGGGAAGCCCUUCAAGAUGUCACACUCAUCAUCCUGGAGAUCGCAGCCAUCAUCUCCCUCGUCCUGUCCUUCUAUCGCCCCCCUGGGGAAGAAAAUGAACAGUGUGGUCUGCCUGUCAGUAGCCCAGAAGAUGAAGGAGAGGCGGAAGCUGGCUGGAUUGAGGGCGCAGCCAUCCUGUUCUCCGUGAUCAUCGUGGUGCUGGUGACGGCCUUCAAUGAUUGGAGCAAGGAGAAGCAAUUCCGGGGGCUGCAGAGCCGCAUCGAAAAGGAGCAGAAGUUCUCUGUGAUCCGAAAUGGCCACAUCAUCCAGCUGCCUGUGGCCGAGAUCGUGGUGGGUGACAUCGCCCAAAUCAAAUACGGCGACCUGCUGCCUGCAGAUGGGAUCCUGAUCCAGGGGAAUGAUCUCAAGAUUGACGAGAGCUCUCUGACUGGGGAAUCAGACCAUGUCAAGAAGUCCCUGGAAAGAGACCCAAUGCUGCUGUCAGGAACCCAUGUCAUGGAAGGUUCUGGCCGGAUGGUAGUAACUGCUGUGGGUAUCAACUCCCAGACUGGAAUCAUCUUUACCCUUUUGGGAGCCAGUGAGGGAGAAGAGGAGGAGAAGAAGAAAAAAGGUAAAAAACAAGGAGUCCCUGAAAAUCGCAACAAAGCAAAGACUCAGGACGGAGUGGCCCUCGAAAUCCAGCCACUCAACAGCCAGGAGGGGAUUGACAAUGAGGAAAAGGAGAAAAAGGUGACCAAGCUGCCCAAAAAGGAGAAGUCGGUGCUGCAGGGCAAGCUGACACGCUUGGCUGUUCAGAUCGGGAAAGCCGGUCUCCUCAUGUCUGCCAUCACGGUUCUCAUCCUGAUCCUGUACUUUGUGAUUGAGAACUUCGUGAUACACCGCAGACCGUGGCUGGCAGAGUGCACGCCCAUCUACAUCCAGUACUUCGUCAAGUUCUUCAUCAUCGGCAUCACCGUCCUCGUGGUGGCCGUGCCGGAGGGGCUGCCCCUGGCUGUCACCAUUUCACUGGCCUAUUCUGUGAAGAAAAUGAUGAAAGACAAUAACUUGGUGCGGCACCUGGAUGCUUGUGAGACGAUGGGCAAUGCCACAGCCAUCUGCUCUGAUAAGACCGGCACGUUGACCAUGAACCGCAUGACUGUGGUACAGGCUUACAUUGGAGACACUCAUUACCACCAGAUCCCAAGCCCUGAUGCCCUCGUGCCCAAGGUCCUGGACCUUAUUGUCAAUGGCAUUUCUAUCAACAGUGCCUAUACCUCCAAGAUUCUGCCUCCGGAGAAGGAGGGAGGUCUCCCGCGGCAGGUGGGCAACAAGACUGAGUGUGCCCUGCUGGGAUUUGUCACCGACCUGAAGCAGGAUUACCACGCGGUACGCAACGAGGUGCCUGAGGAGAAGCUCUACAAGGUGUACACCUUCAACUCUGUGCGCAAGUCCAUGAGCACGGUCAUCGAGAAGCCCAGCGGGGGCUACCGCAUGUACAGCAAGGGUGCCUCUGAGAUCAUCUUGCGCAAGUGUAACCGGAUCCUGGACAAGAAAGGGGAAGUGAUGCCAUUCAAGAAUAAGGACCGAGACGAGAUGGUCCGCACUGUCAUCGAGCCCAUGGCAUCACAGGGCCUCCGAACCAUCUGCAUAGCUUACCGGGAUUUCAACGACGGAGAGCCCACGUGGGACAAUGAGAGCGAAAUCCUCACUGAACUCACAUGUAUCGCAGUGGUGGGCAUUGAGGACCCCGUGCGCCCGGAGGUACCCGAAGCUAUUGCCAAGUGCAAGCGAGCUGGCAUUACUGUCAGAAUGGUGACAGGUGACAACAUCAACACAGCCCGGGCCAUCGCCACCAAAUGUGGCAUUGUGACACCUGGGGAUGACUUCUUGUGCUUAGAAGGAAAGGAAUUCAACCGACUCAUCCGCAAUGAGAAGGGAGAGGUAGAGCAAGAGAAGCUGGACAAGAUCUGGCCGAAACUUCGAGUCCUGGCGCGAUCGUCCCCCACGGAUAAGCACACACUGGUAAAAGGCAUCAUCGAUAGCACCGUUGGGGAACAGCGACAGGUGGUGGCUGUCACGGGUGAUGGCACAAAUGAUGGGCCAGCUCUGAAGAAAGCAGAUGUUGGUUUUGCCAUGGGUAUUGCAGGCACAGACGUGGCGAAGGAGGCAUCAGACAUCAUCCUAACGGAUGACAACUUCACCAGCAUUGUCAAGGCAGUGAUGUGGGGGCGAAACGUCUAUGACAGCAUCUCCAAGUUUCUCCAGUUCCAGCUCACUGUCAACGUGGUAGCUGUGAUCGUGGCCUUCACCGGGGCCUGUAUCACUCAGGAUUCCCCGCUGAAAGCCGUGCAGAUGUUGUGGGUUAACCUAAUCAUGGACACUUUUGCUUCGUUGGCCCUGGCCACGGAGCCUCCUACGGAGUCUCUGUUGAAGCGUCGCCCCUAUGGCCGCAACAAACCUCUGAUAUCGCGCACAAUGAUGAAGAACAUCCUGGGCCACUCCGUCUAUCAGCUCACUGUCAUCUUCUUCCUCGUCUUCGCUGGCGAGAGGUUCUUCGACAUUGACAGCGGGAGGAAGGCGCCCCUACACUCCCCACCCAGCCAGCACUACACCAUCAUUUUCAACACCUUCGUGCUGAUGCAGCUCUUCAACGAGAUCAAUUCCCGCAAGAUCCACGGAGAGAGGAACGUCUUCGCGGGCAUCUUCCGCAACCUCAUCUUCUGCUCCGUGGUCCUGGGCACCUUCAUCAGCCAGAUUCUCAUUGUGGAAUUUGGGGGUAAACCCUUCAGCUGCACGAAGCUCACCCUAUCUCAGUGGUUUUGGUGUCUGUUCAUUGGCAUCGGAGAACUGCUUUGGGGCCAGAUCAUCUCCACGAUACCUACCCAAUCCUUGAAGUUCCUGAAGGAGGCUGGGCACGGCACCACCAAAGAGGAGAUCACCAAGGACGCAGAGGGGCUGGACGAGAUUGACCAUGCGGAGAUGGAGCUGCGCAGAGGCCAGAUCCUCUGGUUCCGAGGCCUGAACCGUAUCCAGACUCAGAUCGACGUAAUUAACACAUUCCAGACGGGAGCUUCUUUUAAGGGAGUCCUAAAGCGACAGACCAUGGGGCAGCACCUUGACGUUAGACAUGUUCCUAGCUCAUCCUAUAUCAAAGUGGUCAAAGCGUUCCAUAGUUCCCUCCAUGAAAGUAUUCAGAAACCCAAGAACCAAAACUCCAUCCACAACUUCAUGACCCACCCUGAAUUCGCCAUAGAUGAGGAAGUGCCACGAACACCGCUCCUGGAUGAACACGAGGAAGAAAAUCUUGACAAUCCUACGUCUGGGACUAGGGCGCUCCUGUUGGAUGGUGAGGUCACGCCGUACGCCAACAAGAACAACAACGCGGUGGACUGCAGCCAAGUGCAAAUUGUCGCCUCCCACUCAGACAGCCCUCUGCACAGCCUGGAGACGUCCGUUUGAACUUAGUCCUCCAGCUCCCAUCCCCGCUUUCCCCGUGUCCUUUUUCAUCUGUCCCAUCUGUAAGGUGACGAUGGGACUUUUCACUGUCGUGUCAGCUGUUCCCAAGUGUGUGUGAACCCCCACCUGACCAUGAAGAGGCAGGAGCACAGACCUCCGAGGAUUUCAACUUCAACUUGAGUUGGGGUUCGUAGCAGGACCCACUCGAACCCCAGGCACGUAGCGAAUGGUAGGGUCUACUCCUUGGGUGUGUCCACUGUCAUUUUUAAAGAUAUGAUGACAAUUCUCUCGGCGUGUCCCCCAACCCAGACUCUCCCCAGUAUGCAUAUGUAUGUUACCAUCUCCUGACUUCAAGAUUUUACCCUACGAGUCUGUGCCAUUUAUAAGCUAAGUCGAGGGUUUCAAGAGACAAACGUUCCCAAAUGAAAUGUGUAGAGGCAGGAAUGGAAUGUAUAGAAUCAGCCUAUAGAGCAAGUGUUUUUAAAAUGACUUUCCCAUUUUCAAAACUUACACCUAAAACCCUCUAGCUCUUUCUGCCUUUCUAGUCAAACCUGCCUACGGUUCUUUUGGUCUUUUGUGACCACUGUGUGCCCUACCUUCACUCUUUCUUUUUCUUUUUUUACUUUUUUUACUUUUUUUCUUUUAAAGUUGUGAUGAUUAGGAAAGUGGAGUGGACAUGGCUGAAUUGGGUCAACUUUGGCCAUUCUCCCUUCUGGCCCCAAUGGAAUCCUUAGCUUAGUCCUAGAGGCAGGGAGGUUGCUUUGCUAAUAGGAUCCCCUUGAAGCAACUGAGAGCUGGUAAGAAUGUGUUUCUGUGGUUGCCAGGUUACCUUCCACUUCUGAACUGCCGUCUUGUCAGGUGUGUGUCCUUCCUAAGUGCUAGGGAGAUGAGCCUUGACCAUGAAGUUUGCAUAGGCUCAUUAUAUAGUUUUGACUGUAAGCCCAAGCUUUCUUCUGUUCUUAAAGUGGUGGCAAAAGAAUGGAUUGAGAAAGGCCCUGCCUCCUUACUAGCCUGGGAUCCCGAGGACCAGCAGCAGGCAGGUCCAGGACAAGACAGACCAUCAAAGCCAACUCUUCUGCCAUCCUCCCUGGGUUGACCACUACUACUUUCAAAGCCUUCUGCCAAGGUUCUUCUAGGACAGGCCCUGCUUGUUGGGGGAGUGAGUACUGAGAAGCCUUGGGAGAGGCCAAAGGGCCAUACUAGCAGGUUCUGAGAAACCUUCCUCUGAGAAACCAGACACCUUGAGCUUCGGUACCCAAGUACCAGCUUUGACACACCCCUCAGCUUUGUCAUUCUGCUCUGUCGUGACCUCUAACCCAUCCGGUCACUCAACAGUCCCCAGCCUUUCUUACAUGUUCUGCUUUUGAAAAUAUGCAUCCCAAGUGGGCUCCAGUGACAUUUUGCUGACUUAAAGGAGCAAAAGACCCGCCUUGAAAUGUUCUCCUUCCUCUCUUCCUAUUUCCCACAUGCCCCACUCAAGGCCCUCUCUAGAAUGUGCUUGACUGCUGCACGAUUAAGCCCUGUGCCUUCUUUCCCUGAACACUGCCCAAAGCAUCCCCUUCCCACCUGCCUCUACGGAGCUGGGGACCUCACUAGGAGACUUUUUUAAGUAUUCCUUAAUGGGACAAGGUGGAACCACGUUUGCGGGAGCUCCAUUUUUAUCCCUGCUGAUGUUGACGUCAGCUCUUCUGUGCAGGGGUCCGUGAACUCAUGCCUACCAAUUCCCAUGAAAGAAAUGAUGGGAGUGGGGGGAUGGGGCUCGAGGCUCUUGUGAACUGCCAAAUUUCCACUUGUGAGAGUAAGGCGGCCUGAACCCAUGUUCUCCAGCCUUCUCUUCGGGAUCCCUCCUCCCUCACCCCUUCCACCCGGGCUGUCUGAGGCAGGAAGAGCAAAGAACCAAUACCGCCUGCCCAACCCCAUUACUGCGCAACCCGCUAGAUUUGAUUUGGGUUUUGUAAAGGUCACAUGCUUCAGCAAUCUUUUCUCUGUCUUAAAUCCUCAUGUGGGAGUAAAACAGCUCACCUGAGGUGUUAGGUGUACACAUAUUUAUUAAGUACUUUGGGAGAUUUCGUUCUGUCAAGUCUUUUCUUACCUCAGAUCAGUUUUGAAAACAAGCCAAUAACAAACUUCGGAGGCUAUUGUACCAUUCCUGCUCCCAAAAGACUCUCAUGGUGCCUGACAGGUUACUCUUGAAGGCUUGUGUCUACUUGUUUAAAGUCAAUGGCUUUUGUGUGUCUUCUAGUUUCCAUGGUAGGAGAGAAAAUAGAGAAUAUUAUGCAAAAAUAUAUAGUUUUCUUUAGCUCAGAAAUGGAUAUUUUUGAGUCAGCCAUAUGUAUUUUGUUUAAAGGAUUUGACGUAAAGUGCUGUCGUGUUACCCUGUGGACACAAAACCAGCUGUUUGACAUGACAGGCGAAUUUGUAUAUUUGCGACUGGUUUUAAAACCAACACACCAUACUUCCUUUCUCCAAACAGCCAUCUUUAUACUUAGCGGGGGGAAAAUGUGUUGGGUUCUAGACUUUUUUAAUAUAAAUUUUGUUGAUAUGGAAUUGAGUAAGUUUAAGUGUUUAUGUGCAUAUGUUUUUUAUAUAAGUUUUUUUUCUAUUCAGUUUUAGUGAUCCAACUGGCAGUGAGUAAAUAUGGCGUAAGUUAAUAAAGCUUUCCGCCCAUAUGGUGCUUUCGAUCUGAAAAGGGUCGGAUGGGGAGAAGGUGAGAUAAUUCUCCUAGAGAAACCUAGGAAAGCGGGCAGUGGGCUGUGGAUGGGAAGGAAAGCAGCCAGCGAGAAAUGAGGGUAUGAUCCCCCCACCCCCACCGCCAUAAAGAUGGGUGCCAGGCUUUUUCGUAACCAGCAAUCAGGGUCAGGGGCCUUGCCUGGAUGUGUUUCUUUUGAUGAGUAACUGGCAGAGUGGUACCCAAGGUGUGAAUAUCUUUCGGGCUGCAAGGAUGCUCUGAUUGGGGGUUUGCAUUCACCCAGGAAUAUGGGUUCCUUCACCCAUGUUUACGGGUUCUUUGCCCUGGGAGUUUUCCAUUAGUGAGUUUUUGUGCAAGGCUCCGAUUUGGGACUUCCCCUCCCCUAGAAAGGUCGUGUGCGAUCUGUGAGAUGGGGGAGAGAGUUCUAAGUGGAAGUCACAAAGGCUGGUUCUAACUCGCGAUGACCAUCUCGGGGCUAGGUCCUUCCCAGAGGUGCCCUCUGCCCUCUGAAAUGAUGACUCCCCAUCCCCAAAGGUGUCAGCGAGAUCACCUCGCGAUCCUUCUGACACCCGUGGGUUCUGUAGGGUCUGAGAUUCUUCUUCCACUCGAGCUUCAGAGGGGAGAGUCUGUACAGUGGUAUCUGCGCGAUUACCUCACUGCCGAAAACCCAGGAAGGUGCGGCAAGUCCGCAUGCAGCCUCCAGAUGCCUCACCUCCUUCCUCUCCUGCUUCCUUGACCUGGUGAUCGCUCUCAGCAGCCCGUGAUACCAUCACAAAGUGCGCACGUCCUCACUUCCCGCAUCUAGGGACCACCCACCGCAGCGGCGGGACGAGGCACAGGUCAACACCUGCUAUUCUGAAGCCAUUCCAGCCUUUCCCUCAGAAUAGACCAGAUGCCCUUCCAUGUAGCUCAGUGCCAGUGCCUCGCCUGCCCAGCCCUGCUGUCAGGCCUGCUGUCCCCUUUCCUCUUGAUGAGGAGAGACGGAGGGAAGGGAGCUCCCGGUGACCGAAUUGGCCUUUGGUUCGCAUUUGCUCCCCAUCUGUAUAUAUGCCAUAUGUGAACAUGCCGGACGUACGUGCCAACAAGAUCUAUCUACGUUGUGCUUUUCAAAUCAGCACGCAGAUAGGAAUUUCGAGUUUCUUCUUCUUUUUUUUCCCCCCCAGUAACAAGUAUAACAAGCACUGGUAUUUUUGUACAAAAAAGGAAAACAAACAAAAGAUUGACGGUUGUGGUCUGCAUGACAUAAAGCAAACACAGUGACACCCAAGGAAUGUGUACCCCAGCGUGUGUUGCCAUAAUCUGCCUUUGACUUAACGGUGUUUGCAUUCGGCUAUUAUUUAAGCUCUCUGUACAAUGUUUUGCAUGUAUUUAUAUGGUUCUUUGGGGGGGGGGAAUGCUGUAAACUGGCAAAUCUGAAAUUUAAAUAUGUUGUCCACUGAGUCAGGAAGAAGAGGAGUUUGGAAAGAUAGGAUUAAAAAGGGAUAAUCUUAUUAUUUGUGUUUUUUUUUGGAAACCAAUAAAGCUUGUUGCGGAUGAGCAGAAACCAGUACUGCUGUGCACCGAGAAUAAAAACCCGUGCCCACCAGUA